GCUACUAGCUAAAAAGUCCGAGCACCCCAAAAGCAGGUGAGAAGCAGCGCAGUUUUAAAACGAAGUCCGCCCGACGAAUUCAACAAUCAAUUAACUAUAUCCAUCUCUUUCACCCUUCAUAACAAAUCACCCGUUCCGUUCAUCCCAUCCCUAUCACAGAGUACUUUGUACUUACACACGCCAAAUAAACACUAGAACGUAGGUAUAUGUUUAUGCUGUUCGUGAAGUCCUUUAAAUUAUCAAAAUUUACUUUAUUGUAUAUUUGGGUUAAUUGAUAAAACAUGAGGCUUUUAGAAAAUAUAAACACAAAAUUAUAUAAUCUUCAAAAAUACAUCUUUGCGUUGAACUAAACGGAAUAACGGUCGCGCGGCGGUUAACUCAAUCAUCCAUUCAGAAAAAAAAUUAUUCAUUCACUUCACAUCACAACAAUAAUACAUACUUACUCCAUCAGACCAGUGAUACGAGCUAUUGUUAACGUAUUUUCGCGCGCGAUUUACAGAGAUAUUAAUUUUUGUUAAAUUCUGUUACCAUAAUCUGAAAUUUCAGAUAAUAUACGAUGUUUUCAAAGGCUAAACGUUUUGAAAUGCAAGUUCCUAUAAAACCUCCAUGUACCAAAGAAGUGAAGAAAUUAGAAAAUGAGAAACAGAAGGCGACCAAAACGCCACUACCAUUACAGAAGACGCACCGACAUUUGACAAGCUCAAAAGCUGCGGAUACCCUAUCCCAAUGCAGUUCAGUGCCUAGCGUCAGAUCAUUGGCUACGCCGAGAGCCCCAAGACCAUUGAAACCACCAGUCAUAACAAGCUCUACAAAGAAGGCACUAUGUUCUGCUACAAAAACAUGUAACAAGAUGAAAGAUGAAAAAACGCAAGCUGAAAUUAUUAAAUCCCAAGAGGUGGAGAUAAGAAAUAAAGACCAUACAAUAACAGAACAUAACAAACAAAUUGAAGAAUUAAAAAAUGAGAUUGCUUCUCUACAAAAACAAAUGCAAGAAACUUUAACACAAAAAAAGGAAUUUGAAGAACUGCACAAACAAUUUUCACAAAUUACACUGACAGGUAUAACAAAGUUAAAUGAUGAUCAAAAUAAUGUUAACAAUAACAAAACUGAUGAUAUGAAGAGCAAAAUAUUUGAAUUAGAACUUCAAUGUGACCGAUUGGAACAGGAAGUUAGCAACAAACAACUUGAGCUGUCAUCUCUUGAAGAAGUCAUUGCAAUUAGAGAUAGUUUAUGUCAAGAUCUACAAGCUAAAUUGACUACUGUCGAAAGAAAUCUUGAAGAAACUCGCCAACGGCUUGAAAUGGUUAAAGGACAUCAUGCACUUGCACUGGAAGCUAAUGAGAGUAUCAGACGAGAGUACAAAGUAGAACUGGAGGCACUGAAAACUAAAUUAGAAGAAGAAAAACAAAUUAUAAUGAAUAAGAGUAAAGUAGAAGAGGAUAAUAUGAAAUCUAAAUACAACGAGCUUAUUGAUUCCAUUAAGAGCCAGUUGAUCAAAGAGAGAGAUGAGACUGUCAGCGAAUUAAAGCAUGAAAUUGAAGUGAAAGAAAUUGAAAUGAAAGCAAAACUAGAACAAAUAAAUGAAUCCACUCAUGAAAAGUUGAGGAUUUGUGAAAUACAAUUUGAGGAACGCUCUAGGAGUAUGCAGGAGCAUUGUGAAAAACUUCAAAACAAAGCUAAAUAUUUAGAACAAGAAGAGAAAGAGUUGAAGUAUAGUCUUGCUUUGGCUGAGGAGCAAAACAUGACAUUACAAAGGGAGUUUAAAAAGUUGCAAAAUGAUAAUGAAUUACUUAGGAAUGAGAAAAAUGCCAUGUCUAAGGAAAUAGAAGAUUUGAAAGAGGAUUCCAAAAAGAAGCUCAUUGAUUAUGAAAAUGAAAUUAAUAAACUUACUGUGGAGAUUGAUAAAAGUACAAAAGAAAAGACUAAGUUUCAAAUGUCCUUGAAUGUUACUAUGGACAUAGUUCAAGUGCUGACCAGGCGACUGAGGGACUCCGACAAUGAACUGGAACUUCUAGAGGAUAAAGUUAAAGUAUUAACUAACUCAAAAGAACAGCUGGAAAAUGAACUUGAGUCAUAUAAAAGUACUCUGAAUAAUACACUUAUGGAAUGUAAUGAAUUUAAAGAGGCACUUGUCGCUAUCUUGAAAUCAAAAGCAGCCCUGGCUAAAGAACAUAAUAGAAUUAUGGAACAUAAUGUAACUUUGAUUGAAAGUCUACAAGUUGUUGAGAAGGAAGCGUACAGAGAAUUAGGUUCCAUUAAAAAUGAGCUUAUAGAGGAUGUGGAGCUGAUCAAAAAGGAAUCCCAAUCCCAAAUUCAAAUGCUACGUGAGGAGGUGGAAAAGAAGCGAGUGCUAUGCGAGCUGGCGACGGAGCAGGCGGGCGCGGCGGCGCGCGCGGGCGAGCAGGCGCGCGCGCUGCUGGCGCGGGCCGCCGCCGACGUGGCGCGCCUCGAGGCCGACUGCCAGCGCUACCAGCUGCAGAUGGAGGAUCAACAAUCCCUUGUGGUGGAGUUGUCUCUGCUUCGUCAGGAAAACGAGGAACUGUCCAUGACCGUCGCAAAACAGUCGUCGCUCAUCGACAAAAUGACGAAAGAAGCGGAACAAAUUCAGACCAUACCAAAAUCACCAUCCGUCGCGAAGAAAUCCCUCAAGAUUGGGAAGGAAAAUCUACAGAAUGUUAUUUCGCCGUUACGGGAACGAAAUCAUUGAUUAUUUUGACAGUUUUACGGGUUUACAAAAAUAAUCUUAAAAAUUGUUUCGUUUUCAGUUAAAAUCCAUUUAAUAUUGUUUCCAAGUAACUAACUUAAAUCAUGUUUUACAAAGUAGCCAGUUUUUUUAUUUAAAGUUGAUUAAAACUACUUACUCAAAUUUUGUUUGAAGAUUCUAGUUUAUAUUUUGCUUGUUUAUUUAU